AUGUGGUUUGGGUUGAGUUGGGUGUCCACGGGGACUGCGCGUGACAAGGGUGGGGCUCUGUCUCCACAGCCCCCUAGGGAGGAUGGGGAGGAGAGGGUGGAGAGGAGAAUGCUGAGGAAGCUUCGAACUGGUCAGACAACUUCUUCAGAAACUGGGGAGCCAGAGCCAAGAAGGGAGAGAAGAGGCCAGUCAGGCCAAGGAGCGGACAAGGAGCAAGGAGCAAGGAGCAAGGCGCAGGGUCAGAGGCUGCACAGGCCGGCGGAUUCAGGCUGUGGCAUGAAGCUGCUGCCCAGCUGGAGAGCGGUGCUGCCCAUCAGCCCUGCGUGGCCAUGGGCACAGCAACCCAGAAGAACUGUUCCCACCUAUACCUCAAAGAUGAGUCCCCCGGAAGACCCUGAGGGCCUGCCACAGACUCACUCAGGCUUCCUGGUUGGUCCCCAUCCUGCCAGCCUGAGCCUCUUCUCUCUCUGUUGUCCCCAGCAUGACUCCCCCAGCCCGGCUGAACCCUCCCCCAGAAACCCCCCAGUGGCCCUUCCUGAAGAGCCCAAGUUUGACAUGUUGUACAAGAUCGAGGACGUGCCACCCUGGUAUCUGUGCAUCCUGCUCGGUUUCCAGCACUACCUGACCUGCUUUAGCGGCACCAUCGCUGUACCCUUUCUCCUGGCCGAGGCACUGUGCGUGGGCCGGGACCAACACAUGGUCAGUCAACUCAUUGGCACCAUCUUCACCUGCGUGGGCAUCACCACCCUCAUCCAGACCACCCUGGGCAUCCGGCUGCCACUUUUCCAGGCCAGUGCCUUUGCAUUUCUGGUCCCAGCCAAAGCCAUCCUGUCCCUGGAGAGAUGGAAAUGCCCCUCAGAAGAGGAGAUCUACGGGAACUGGACCCUACCCCUGAACACUUCUCACAUCUGGCACCCCCGCAUAAGAGAGGUCCAGGGUGCAAUCAUAGUAUCCAGCAUGGUAGAAGUGGUAAUUGGGGUGAUGGGAUUGCCUGGGGCCCUGCUGAGCUACAUCGGGCCUCUCACAGUUACCCCCACUGUCUCUCUCAUCGGCCUCUCCGUUUUCCAAGCUGCUGGUGACCGAGCUGGUUCACACUGGGGCAUCUCAGCGUGCUCCAUUCUCCUGAUCGUCCUCUUCUCCCAGUACCUGCGCAACCUCACCUUCUGGCUACCUUUCUACCGCUUUGGCAAAGGCCUCACUAUUGUCCGAGUCCAGAUAUUCAAGAUGUUUCCCAUCGUGCUGGCCAUCAUGACUGUGUGGCUGCUCUGCUAUAUCCUGACCCUGACCGACGUGCUGCCUGCAGACCCCACAGCCUACGGCUUCCAGGCACGAACUGAUGCCCGUGGGGACAUCAUGGCCAUCGCACCCUGGAUCCGGAUCCCCUACCCCUGUCAGUGGGGUCUGCCCACAGUGACUGCAGCUGCCGUCCUGGGAAUGUUCAGUGCUACGCUUGCAGGCAUCAUUGAGUCCAUCGGAGAUUACUAUGCCUGUGCCCGCCUGGCUGGUGCACCGCCCCCUCCUGUUCAUGCCAUCAAUAGGGGUAUCUUCACGGAAGGCAUCUGCUGUAUUAUAGCAGGGAUUCUAGGCACCGGCAAUGGAUCCACAUCGUCCAGCCCCAACAUCGGUGUCCUGGGGAUUACCAAGGUGGGCAGUCGGCGUGUGGUGCAGUACGGUGCCGGUAUCAUGCUGAUUUUGGGCACCAUUGGCAAGUUUACUGCCCUCUUCGCCUCGCUCCCUGACCCCAUCCUGGGGGGCAUGUUCUGCACCUUGUUCGGCAUGAUUACAGCUGUGGGACUGUCCAAUCUGCAGUUCGUGGACAUGAACUCUUCCCGAAACCUCUUCGUGCUCGGAUUCUCCAUGUUCUUUGGGCUCACCUUGCCCAAUUACCUGGACUCCAGCCCUGGCGCCAUCGACACAGGCAUUCCUGAGAUUGACCAGAUUCUAACUGUGCUAUUGACCACGGAGAUGUUUGUGGGUGGAUGCCUUGCUUUCAUACUGGAUAACACGGUACCAGGAAGCCCCGAGGAAAGGGGACUGGUACAGUGGAAAGCUGGGGCCCAUGCCAACAGUGAGACAUCUGCCAGCCUUAAGAGCUAUGACUUCCCCAUUGGAAUGAGCAUGGUGAAAAGGACUGCCUUUCUGAAAUACAUUCCCAUCUGCCCAGUCUUCAGAGGAUUUUCAAGGUCAAAAAAACAACGUUCAGUACCAGAAGACUCUUCAGAAAAUAUAGACCCUGGCUCUGUGUGCACUAAAGUUUGAAAUAUUACUCCCAAGCAAGGUAGGAUAUUGCUAAUUUAUCGCUUUUGUGUAAGAGGGUUGAAAAUUACAAAGCUAAGAGAAACUGUCUUCAUCAGGAAGCUAGACUGGGUAAAAAAGUCAUCUAGAUGGAGUGAAAUUCUGUGUCUGGUUGUGGCACCCAGUAUUGAACAAGGGCUUCAUGAACAUGUGAGGCCACGUUUACAAAUGCUC